AUGUCCCUCCACAGCAUCCUCUCGCAGCCCAGCACAAGUCGUACGGGUGCACUCCUCGCUCGCCGCCUCGCACAUCCUCGCCUCCCUACUUUCGCCCCUGCUCUCGCCGCCUCGCGUCCCUUCUCGUCGACAAGACGUACCGAGACGUCACAUUUCGACACGCACCUUUUCGUUCAGCGGCUGGAGAAGCAGGGGUUGAAUCGGACCCAGGCGGAAGGGGUAAUGACGGUCUUAGCGGAGGUGGUGGAUGAGAGUAUCAAGGGGAUGGAGGCUGCGCUCGUUAGCAAGGCAGAGCAGGAGAAGGAACGCUACACCCAGAAAGUCGACUUCGCAGCCCUCAAAGCCGAACUUCAACUACACGAAAAGAACGAUCUCACCCUAAUGAAGGCGGAGAAUGAUCGUCUCCUCGCCGAUGUCGAGAAGCUCAAACAGCGGCUCCGCGAGGAGGUAACGCGGACACAAGCGGGCGUGAGGCUGGAUCUGAACUUGGAGAAGGGGAGGAUAAGGGACGAGAGCAGCCAGCAAGAGCUCAAGAUCAAGGAGGUGGAUACGCGGAUCGAGAGUGAGAUUGCGGGGCUCAGGACGCAGAUUGAGCAGGCCAAAUUCAGUAUCCUGCAGUACCUGGUCGGUGUGGCGACGGGUAGCGGGGCAUUGUUGCUUGCAGAUGAUGCAUGUGUGGGGAGCUGGAGUCGGACGAGGUUCUUCUGA